GAAGCAUCGGGCCGGGCGCGCGAUCCGGAGGCUUCUCCCAGAGAUUUCUACGCGAUUUCUAGCGAUGGAGUGGGAGCUGAGCAAGGAGAAUGUGCAGCCGCUCCGCAAGGGCCGGAAGAAUGUCGAUCUACUCAACCAGGGGCUCAAGGCGAAGCAUGAAUCUCCUGCGCGCUCCGUGCUGAUCGAACAGAGAAGGAUUUUGCUCGAGAAGAUUGAUGACUACGUCGGCGAUGAUCCCUUGGAGCCCUGGAUAAGAUGCAUCGAGUGGACGAAGGAAGCAUUCCCUUCCGGCGGUAGUCAGUCUGGGAUUCUUCCAAUGCUGGAGCUUUGCCUGCGAACGUUCUGCGACGAUUCAAAGUAUAAGUCGGAUUUGCGGUACCUCAAGCUAUGGCUGGACUAUGCGGACAGAUGCACUCACCCGCGGGACAUUUAUGUCUUUCUGGAGGUGAACGACAUUGGACAGACUUACGCACAGUUUUACGAAGCGUAUGCAUCGUACCUGGAAAGGUGCAAAAAUCUAUCCAAGGCUAACGAAGUUUUUCAGAUCGGUAUUGCCAGGGAAGCGGAGCCAGUUGAGGAGCUGAAAAUCAAAUACAAGAGCUUUCUUGAGCGAACUCUUAGAAAACCAAAACCAGAUGCUGAGGAAGACACUGUGGACGAAGGGCUUGCCAGAUCAUUUGGAUCCCUCGUCGUUCCACAAUCUGGAAAAAGAACAGGAAGCAUGCCGAGCAGGCCUCCACAAAAGCCUUCGAAGGGCAAUGCGCCACCGCUUUCUAAUCAGACGUUCUCUGUGUUUGUCGAUUCGGAGCUUAAUCCAGCAUCGAAAGUACCUGGACUGCAUGAGAACGGUGCUCAAGGCCACGCCUUACCUGUUUGGACCAAUUUAGGAUCUCAAGCCGAGAGGACGAAGGAGAACGUUCAACAGCCGACUAGAUGGAAUGAAGCAAAGAUUCCUCAAAGGCCCUCCAGGCCCGCUUCUGUGUCGACUGAAGCACUGGAUGUCUACGUUGACGAAGAAUUCUCCAGUGUGGCAUCUCGAAGCUGGAAUCGCAGAAUAUCUACUGCAGCUCUGAAAGUUCGGCUCUCCCGCGGUCAAGACAUCAAGAUUGACACUGAAAUGCUGAAGCAAGCUCCGCUCCGAAACUUCUCAAGGGAGCUCAGAUAGCCACUAGUACACUUUUGCCAUGAACUCUAUGGCUGCAAUUUUAACAAUAUCUUUGGGAAUUUUUGUUGAACAACCGCUUUUCGUAAUGGAAAGACUACAGAACUUUGACA